AUGGCAUCUCCAUUCAAAAAGGCUAAAAAGCUUCUCAAGCUUGAAAAGUUCAUCAAUAAGAGCUCUUCAAAAACAUCCAAAGUUACCAAACAGUCAACUCCUUCUGAAAGUGUCACUCAAAACAUUAACACCUCUUCAAACAAUUCCAACUCAGACGGGAAGCAACAACCUGAAAUUGCUGCUCCUCAAAUUUCUUCUAACGAUGCUCCAUCAAAAAUUCCAUCUAUUCCAAACCCAGUUUCUCGUGCCACUCAAACAAACUCCUCUCCAAAUCCAGCCACCACUCCUGAAGAAUCCAAACAGAAUAAACCAUUAACUACUAAAGAAUCAAUCCCUUCUGGUAACCCUUCAGCUGCUCCAAAGAAUGUAAGCUCACCAACAGUUCCUUAUUCUCCAAGAACUUAUAAAGAAUCUUCAAAUUACCUUGAAAAGCCAAAUUUCCCAGGUUCAAGAUUUCAAACAAGUCCACCUCCAACUUCCCAUGACAGACUUGGUGCUCAUCCAACAACACCAUAUCCUUCUGUUACGUAUCCUCCAACUUCACAAUCGUCAACCACACGUUCAACUGAGGCAUUUGACCCAAGACAACUCAUUGAAAUUGAUUUAUCAAACCCUGAUAAACCAAGACUUUUGAUUCCUAAAGGUGAAGGUAUCACCAAUGAGAUGAUUAGUGAAAUUGUGUGUGCUUUGCAAAAUGAGGAUGAUCUUUCUGCUCUUGUUGUUAUUGGUAAUAACACAUUUAUUGUCUGUAAUGCUAUUUGUCUUUAA